UGCCUGUAAUUUUACUCUUUUUCGGGAAAGGCCGACAUGGAAGAUGGUCGGUAUCCUCUUUCUAUUUUGGUGUAUUUGCAUCUGUGGCGUUGGGAUCGAAACCAGUGGCCAGCACAGAGGGCAUGCAUUGAUACAUGGCGUAUUGCCGCGAGGGAGGAAGGAUGAUAUAUGCAUUUUUUCCUACUCUUUUUCCCUCUCUCUCUCUCUCUCUCUUUUCUACUAUCUGUUCUGUUCUGUUCUGUUCUUUAUAUAUAUACCAUUGUAUACGGGAGAUAUACACGCUGUAUAUAGCCGAUGAAAGAGAAGGAGAGAGGUUCGGGUUGAUAUCGGAGAUUGCAUUUGCAUACGGAGCUGCAGAGAACGUGGAUGAUCUACAGCUGGGGAGCGGAAUUAAUACCGGCAUCAUCAUCAUUACGACGGAGACCUACCUGAAUAUGUAUCUACUAAAUAUUGAUAUACGACACAACACAAACCUAGUUCAAAUCAACAACAAGGUCCUCGGAAUUGAAUCUUUUGCAUUGUGCUCCCCCUGGUCUGUGUCGUAAGCGGCCCCGAACGGUCAGCUUACACGCGCACUGCAUUGGGCAAGAUUGAGAGACGUAGGGAUUUGAUAGGCGAGGGGCGAAAAAGGAGGGGCGCCGCCCUACGAAUAUUUAUAUCCUUUCAGAGGGGCGAAUGAAUACUGAAAGACAUGCUGCGUUGUACGGAAGGUGGGUGUUUUUUUCCCCCCUUGUCGACUGCUGCUCUGGUAUUAUUCCUGGUUCGUCU